UUAGUAUCCGCCGCCACCCGGGCUCCCGGGCCUCCGCCGGCCGCCGCGUCCCCUGCGGCUGCCGACCCCGGGGCGGCCCGUGCCUGCGCCCGCCCGGCCACCGAGGGGGCGGAGAGGACCCAGCAUUUCUCCUAACCCCCUUCGGCCAGGAGGAGGAGCAGCUGCUGAAGCCGACUGCUGGCCGGCCGCGGGAGCGAGGCGAAGCGGGGCCUGCGGCGCCCGGGAGCCCACGACUCGCGGCGGCAGCGGCGGGGAGGCGGUGACCGGGCAGCCGCCGGGAUGUUCCCGGCACUUCCUGACUGGCUGGCCCCGCGCUCCGCGCCGGACGCGCGCGCCCCGGCCCCCUGCUCGCCGCCCGGCGGGGGCCCGCUCUGCGUCGGCCGCCGCCGAGGUGGAGGCACUCGAGCGGGUCGCGGCAGGGGAUGAGCUGAUUGCGGGUAAAUACGCCGCGGACCGGCCGGAGAGGCCGUGGGAGCUUCGUUUUUCGGAGUCGCCGCCCAGCCCUUGGAUUCGAGAUCAUGUCCAUUCACAUCGUGGCGCUGGGGAACGAAGGGGACUCAUUUCACCAGGACAGUCGGGUUGGGCUCAUCCGCAUGUACCUGGGGAGAAGCCCGCUGGUCUCCGGGGACGAAAGCAGCUUGUUGCUGAACGCGACCAGCACCGUCGCGCGUCCCGUGUUCACGGAAUACCAGGCCAGCGCGUUUGGAAACGUCAAGCUGGUGGUCCACGAUUGCCCCGUCUGGGAUGUUUUUGACAGCGAUUGGUACACCUCUCGAAAUCUAAUUGGGGGUGCCGACAUUAUUGUGAUCAAAUAUAAUGUGAAUGACAAUUCAUUCCACGAAGUGAAGGAUAAUUAUAUCCCAGUGAUAAAAAGGGCAUCAAAUUCAGUUCCAGUGAUCAUUGCUGCUAUCGGGACCAGACAGAAUGAAGAAUUACCUUGCACAUGCCCUCUCUGCACCUCAGACAGAGGGAGCUGUGUCAGCACGACUGAGGGGAUCCAACUUGCCAAAGAACUAGGAGCUACCUACCUGGAGCUGCACAGCCUUGAUGACUUCUACAUAGGGAAAUAUUUUGGAGGAGUGUUGGAGUAUUUUAUGAUUCAAGCCUUAAACCAGAAGACAAGUGAAAAAAUGAAGAAAAGGAAAAUGAGCAACUCGUUUCAUGGAAUUAGACCACCCCAGCUUGAACAACCAGAAAAAAUGCCCAUCUUAAAGGCUGAAGCAUCGCAUUAUAACUCCGACUUAAAUAACUUGCUUUUCUGCUGCCAGUGUGUGGAUGUGGUAUUUUACAACCCAGAGUUAAAGGAGGUUGCAGAGGCCCACAAGAUCGUUCUCUGUGCUGUAAGCCAUGUUUUCAUGCUGCUUUUCAACGUGAAGAGCCCUGCUGACAUUCAGGAUUCCAGUAUCGUCCGAACUGCCCAGGAUCUCUUUGCUAUCAACAGAGAUACUGGGUUUCCAGGUGCUAGCCAGGAGUCUCUGGGCAACCCGCCAUUGCGAGUCGUCGUUAAAGAUGCCCUCUUCUGUUCGUGUUUAUCAGACAUUCUGCGCUUCAUUUAUUCAGGUGCUUUCCAGUGGGAAGAAUUGGAAGAAGAUAUCAGGAAGAAGUUGAAAGAUUCUGGGGAUGUUUCAAAUGUAAUUGAGAAAGUUAAAUGCAUUUUAAAAACACCAGGAAAGAUUAAUUGCCUAAGGAAUUGCAAAACCUAUCAAGCCAGAAAACCUCUGUGGUUUUAUAACACUUCCCUCAAGUUUUUCCUGAAUAAACCAAUGCUUGCUGAUGUUGUCUUCGAAAUACAAGGUACGACGGUGCCAGCCCACAGGGCCAUCCUGGUGGCACGCUGUGAGGUGAUGGCAGCCAUGUUUAACGGGAAUUACAUGGAAGCAAAGAGCCUUCUGAUUCCAGUUUACGGUGUUUCCAAAGAGACUUUCUUGUCAUUCUUAGAGUACUUAUACACAGACUCCUGUUGCCCAGCUGGCAUUUUCCAGGCCAUGUGCCUCCUGAUCUGUGCUGAGAUGUAUCAGGUGUCCAGACUGCAGCACAUCUGCGAGCUGUUCAUCAUCACGCAGCUGCAGAGCAUGCCAAGCAGGGAGCUGGCGUCCAUGAGCCUCGACAUAGUCGACCUGCUCAAGAAAGCCAAGUUUCACCAUUCUGAUUGCCUUUCAACCUGGCUACUUCAUUUCAUUGCCACUAACUACCUCAUCUUCAGUCAAAAGCCUGAAUUUCAGGAUCUUUCAGUGGAAGAACGCAGUUUUGUUGAAAAGCACAGAUGGCCAUCGAAUAUGUACUUGAAGCAGCUUGCGGAAUACAGGAAGUAUAUUCACUCCCGGAAAUGUCGUUGCUUAGUAAUGUAACCUGGUACUUUUAUAUACAUACACUUUUCAAAAAUAUUAUUAUGAAGAAUGGGAUACCUCUGGGUUCCAGUUAAUUCUUGUGACUGAAACAUGGGUGUUAAAAAACAAAAUAUAUAUAUAUAUAUAUAUGUGUAUGUGUGUGUGUGUAUAUAUAUAUAUAUAUAUAUAUUAUGGUGUUAAAAAACUACCAUACAGCUUAAUGAGUUUACUAGCUCUCUUUGACAGAAACUGUUGUGAUCUUAAAAGGGAACAACAUACAUCAUAGGCUAAAUCUAAGGCUUUACCCUAGUGUGUAAAGCUGUUGUACAGCUACUUAUUCCCUUGAAGAUGCCCUGUUGCUUUAGUGACAUUAAUACCCACCCCAGUUAAGAAAUGUUUAGCUUAAAAAAAUCACAUAGGAUUAAUACAUUUUAUCAUGUCUGAUUAAUUGCUCUGUUAAAAUAAGGGGUAUUUAAAGACCUAGUCUGACUAUUUCUGUAGUGAAAAAUCUAGGGGAGGACUGACCAACCUGAGACUUUAGGAAUCAAAGGUUGCCUGAGAUUUUGAAUGUGAAAUGGCACUUAGUUCCAAAUCAGUGACAGUGUUUGAAUGAUCAUGAAAAAAAAGUUCUGUUUUUUGUCUAAACAACCCAACUGAGCCACCUCGUCUUCUCCCUGGGAUUCUGAUUAGGCAGGAAAUCUAAACAGGGGUGACUCCACAGCCAGGCCACCUGUGCAACUGGACCGGGCUGUAGGCUUAAAUGGGCCCCUGCUUGCUUGUUCAGUGCUCUGCCGUCACCGUCUUGAAAUUCAUAAUAAUGUUUGAAGAAGGGCCUUGCCUUUUCAGUUUGUACUGGACCCCCCCAAAUUAUGUUGGUCUUGUAGCGGGAUAGGUACUGUGUUUUCUCGCUCAAACAUCCUUGUCCCUGAAAGCAGAAAAGAGGCACUGCUGUCCAGGGAAGAGCAGGAGGCUUUCUGAAGGGAAGAGAGCAAAUGGGGAUUCUGGGAUCUUUGGGGAAAUUCAUCUCACCCAAGGGCCUCUGGGGCCACCUCACUGGCAAGUGAGAAACGCCUUUUGUUAUCUUAUCUUUAAAACACUCAGGUCCUGUCUAUCCCAGAUGAGCAAAUACUUUCUUGAUCAUUCUGAAAGACCAGGAUAUUGGUAAGAGUGACUGACCAGUGUGACUUUAAUAUGUAUUUAUAAAUGCUCAUGGGAAAAAAUGGUUUUUUAGAGAACUUACUGUCGAAGCCUCAGAUGUUUUUGUUUUAGUGUAUUUACUAAGAUUAGGACAUUGGUAGCUUAGAUUGUUUCUGAGGACCACAAGGUUAUUUGAUGAUGAGUAGCAUGAAUUUUGUCCUUCAAGAUUACCCAGUAAGUUAAAAGAAAGGCUAGAAAUGAAAGACUUGUUACAAGUAGAGAAAAUGAUACUAGGAUAGAGGACAGAAUUAUAAAUUCUCUUGUAUUGUGUGUCAACAGAAAUAAUUACACUGGAAGCCCACAAACUGAGAGAUGGCAAACCUGAAUGCUAUUGUUACUAUCAUUUUCAUCUGUAAAAUAAUUCAGUAUUGGAUAUAUUUUUCUUUUAAUUUCCGGUUAUUUUAGAAUACAUAUAGUUUUCCAACUGCUCCAAGGUUUGAUUUAACAGUUUUUACUAUAUAUUGGAAUCACAUACAGUUAGUCCUUGGGUGUACACCAGCACUGUCAGAGUGAAACAAUAAAAAUUCCCUACACAUUUCGUUCAAGAAACCUGAUUUUAAUUGAAUUGUGCUGAUGAAGAUUACUAUAAUGCAUUUUAUGGUUUUUGUAUUUUAAUCACUUGAGUUAAUUUGGCAAAUCCCACUUGAUAUGGACAGCAUUGUAAAGAAUAGAUACUGUGGUAGAUUUCUAGAAAUUCACUCACAUUCAAGAACUUUUAAAAUGCAAUGAUAGCAUUUGGUUCUUCAUAAGCAUAUUUUUACCCCUAUGUUAAUUAGAGCGCUUAAAGUUCUAAAUCAGUAACUCUUAAUCUAGGAAAUUGAAAAAUAAAAGUUCAAAGGCAAGAUAUAUUCUUACAAAUACUAUUUAACAUUUAAAGAGACCACAGCUAGUUUUUUGGUUGUUCGACCGGAGUUGAAUUGCAAGGUGGUAUUCUGUGGGUGCUCAGCGUGUAGUUUUCAUGAUGAAAGGCCUUUACCGUCUACGCAGAUGUGACGGUUCUCCAGAACUGGUCAUAACGGUGAUCAAAUGAGUUUUUAAAUCUAGAUUAAAACUUCUGAAUUAACGGAAUUUAAAAUAACAAGACAUUAAAAAAUAAGCUAUGGUGGAGAAAUGAGUGCUCUUUUGAUUUUAUUUUUAAUUGAAAGACUGUUUCUAGAUGAAUGUGUGCUCUAUGCUGAUCUCUGCUUCAACGUAUUUACCAGUCAUUUUACUUAGAGAAGAUGCUGUUGGUCCCAGGCCAGGUUUUCCUUUUUUUCCCAGGCCAGGUUUUCACCUCAUAUAACCCUUUGCAUACUUCUGACUAUUCUGUGUUCAUAUCAUAGGAGAGUAGGCUUGUAAUAUAAAAGUUUCAGUAACGUGCCUGAAAUUCAUCCGGUGCAAGCCAGCAUGGUGGCUUCACAGUGGGUGGUAGCAAAGAACUGAAGAAUUGGAUAAAUCUGACCUCCGAGACUGAGAAACUUUUCAACUAUAAUUUUAAAGACUACACUACACUGAUAUAGUUAAUUAUAC